UAAUACAAAUGGCGUCAAAUCGGAUUCAAAUAUCUUCUCACUGCAGUUCAUUCAUUGGCGGCUUUUCUAAUUCCACGUGGCAUUCACUCGCUAAAUCUAAGAUGUACUAUUUAAGUUCAAGAUGAAAUCUUACAUAAAAAUCUUCUUAUUAUCAUUAAUUGAGGGACGAUUACAGUGAAGAAACUCCCAUUCUUUCCACCAUGACAACAACUAAGAAAAAAGUGAAAAUAAUCAGAACAAUAAAUUUGUUUUUAUCAUUUUUUGGUUUGGGUAUGUGUGUGUCCAUUCCUGGACCAACUCUUCUAGAACUUCAACGCACUGUGAAUACUGAUUCUGAACAUAUCAGUUUUAUUUACAUUGCUCGAUCAAGUGGCUAUCUGUUUGGAUCUAUUGUUGCUGGAGUUCUUUUAGAUAGAUUUCGCAAACAGCUCAUUAUAGUUUUUAACUGCUUGUUGAUAGCCAUAUCAAUUGCUGCUAUACCUUGGUGGACUAGACUAUUACCUUUAAUUAUGAAUUUUUUAAUUAAUGGAAUAGCUAUGGGAGCUCUUGACACUGGUAACAAUGUAUACUGUUUGGAUAUCUGGAAAAAAGAAAGUGGUCCCUAUUUACAAGCAUUACACUUCUUCUUUGGUCUUGGAGCAUUUAUUGCACCAUUAAUAGCAGAACCAUUUUUACCUGACAGCAGCAAUAAUCAUGAAAAAAAUUCUACACAUAAUUCUACCUAUUUCACAACUGUUUAUUCAGAAUUAGAUAAUCAUUCCACUUCUAAUUCACCAAAUGAAGAUGGACAUUCUAUUCAUUUUCCAUAUGGAAUUCUAGGCUGUUAUGUUCUUUUUGUGGUAAUUUCUCAUAUUAUUGCUCUUUGCAUUUGGCCAAAAGAGGAAAAGACUGAUAGAAAUGAAGCUACAAAUAACAUUCACAAAUCAAACAUUCCUUUAUAUUCCACCAUUAUUUCUUUAACAGCAUUAUUUAUGUGUAUGUAUUCAGGUUUAGAGAUUGCAUUUGGGCAAUUACUAACUACAUUUGCAGUAAAAGGAAAUCUUCAUUUAUCAGAAUCUACUGGGUCCUUUAUGACAUCUGUAUACUGGGGUACUUAUACUUUUGCUAGGGCAUUUUCUAUAUUUUUAGUCACUUGUACAAAUUUAAUUUGUCCUAUACUAGUUGAUCUGGCAUUGUUUAUAGCUGCAGGUGUCUGUUUAUCACUUUUUGGAGGUUCUUCAGAGACAAUGUUAUGGAUUGGGAUAGCUGUUCUUGGCUUUGGUUUAUCGUCUGUUUUUCCCUCAGUACUUGCAUGGUUAGAAUUUCAUAUUCCACUUAACAGUAAAGUUGCUUCAUUGUUUAUUGUUGGAGUAUCUUUGGGGGAAAUGGUAGUACCAUUGUCAAUUAGCCAUUUCAUUGAUAAACAUUCCAUGGCUUUAAUGUAUGCAACUUUAUUGUUAGGUUGUGGAUCUACAUUAUUGUUUAUAAUAUUAUGGUUACUUAUAAUCAGAUAUAAGAAAACUGAAAAGAUUGAAAAAGAAAAACUCGGUCACUUAUCUACAUCUCAAGAAAAUAUAAAUUAAAUAAUUUAAAAUUAUGAAAUCAAUUUAUUUAAUUUUAGUUUAAUUAUUAUGAUGUUAUAAUGUAAAAUGUUUUA